AAUCGGUGGGAACUUAUCCAAGCAUUACAUAAGUUUAGCUCCUGAUUUUUGGUCUGAGAACUUCAGCCGAAGGCGUGCUCGAAAUUUAGGAACAUCAAACCUACGUUUCGAACAAAAAAACAAAACAUCCUCGAAUUGAGCAUCAAUCGAAGUGAACAAAAAGUGAAUUUAGUAAAAAUGAUGAUUAAGGUCGUGGCUGUGUUAGUUGUGCUGUGUGGAAUCAGUGCUGGAUACUCGAUUCCUAUGCGAAAUGCUUUCAUGUACUACCCGCAACCAAUGGGCUAUAUGGCUCCCCGGCAAACCAUGUACGGAGUCCACUACCAAAAUCAGCAACUCCGGAAUCAACGUCGCUCGGCUGGAGUGUCUGCCUUCGCUGCUGGAAACACCCUUGCUUCCGGAACGUAUCUGAAGGAUUGCCAUACCACAGAUGUUGAAAGUGCUGAGUUGCCUGUUCAGGACCCGAACGUGCAGUCUGUGGCUGAUGUGUAUCCAGGAGAACAGUUCCCACUUGAAGAUGAGGUCCAACAAGAUGUCCCAGCUUUUCACGAGCUGGAGGCAGAAGAACCCAUCGCUGACGAGUCAUUUGCUGCUGCUCCAGCCGUGAUCCCAGACAAGAAGAAGAAGAAGGUUACCGUUCAGCUGGACUCUGCCGAGGAAGAUGAACAAGACACUCAGGUCAGUCGUCGUGGGGCUAGCCGUCCUGCUGCUCCAAAUGCCUAUUUCCCAAUCAACUUUGGAAGCGCUAGCGGCGGAGCCAUUGCUAUUGCCAACUCGUACAGUACCGGAAAGGGAGGAUCGGCCACUAGCACUGCAACCGCCUACGGAAGCCCUGCAACGGCUGAGCUUAGAAGAUCUGCCCCAGUCCAGCUGAAGAGGAAACCUGCCAAACUGCGAGCUAGACAGUAUUAGAUUUCUAGUACUGCACUGGGCUAGUAGUUCAGUGUUCAUAGCGGUAAGGCUCCCUAAUUUAUUAAGCUCAAUCCAACUCCGCCGUAGGUUAACGAAAGAAAAAGUGCAAAUGAAACGACUAGCAUUGUAAUUCUGCAAAGUGCCACUAGCAUUCACUAUUUAUUUUGUAAUUAGCUGAACCCUUUGAGUCCAAAAAGAAGACGAUUACUAAAAAUACACGAGAUUUCGAAAUAAAUACAA